AUGGAAAAAAACGAAUUUCGUGCAGUGAUUAAACAUCUACAUAUAAAAGGUUUAACACCGAAAGAAAUCAAAAGCGAGUUGGAUAAUAUUUAUAGCACAUCUGCACCAGCGUUUGCAACUGUAUACAAUUGGGUGAAUAAAUUUAAACGUGGUUGUACAUCCACAUGUGAUGCACCUCGUUCGGGACGUCCAAUUGAGGCUACUACGCCAGAAAUCAUCGAUAAAAUCCACGAUAUUGUUUUGAUUGAUCGACGAGUGAAAGUACGCGAGCUUGUUGAGGUCACAGGUAUAUCACAUGGCACAGUGAUUUCAAUUUUGCACGAACAAUUAGGUAUGAAAAAAUUAUCAACAAGAUGGGUGCCGCGUUUGCUCACUGUGGACCAUAAGCGCGACCGUGUGACGAUUUCAAAACAAUGUUUGGAGAUGUUUCAACGUAAUCCAGAUGAAUUUCUGUGUCGAUUCAUUACUGUGGACGAAACAUGGAUCCAUUAUUUCACACCCGAGACGAAGGAACAGUCAAAACAAUCGACUUCACUGGAUGAACCAACUCCGAAAAAAGCGAAGACCGUAAAGUCGGCCGGAAAGGUGAUGGCCAUAGUUUUUUGGGAUGCACGCGGUAUAAUUCAUAUCGAUUACCUUCCGUUGAAGCAAACGAUCAAUGGCAAUUACUACGCAGCCUUAUUGGACCGUUUCAACAACAUUUUAAAGAAAAAACGUCCCCAUUUGGCGAAGAAGAAAGUGCUCUUCCAUCAAGACAAUGCACGGGCCAUUCACACGUGUCCGGCACCGAUGGCCAAAUUCAACAAAUUCCGCUACGAAUUGCUUCCUCAUCCAGCAUAUUCACCAGAUUUAGCCCCCUGCGACUAUUUCCUGUUUCCAAACCUGAUGAAAUGGUACGAAGGAAAGAGAUUCACCACCAGA